AUGAAGACCGUAACUGUCGCACUUCUGAUAUUCGUAACGGGCUCUUCUGCCCAGUUCAAAUGCCCCGACAGGACCGGCUUCUUCCCCGACCCCGUCCAAUGCGACCUCUACUACGUGUGUUCCAAAGGCGAAUACGAAGAAAAACUGUGCCCUGAUGGCCUAGUCUUCGACGCCAGAGACCCCAAUCACGAAAGAUGCGAUAUACCAGCGAAUGUAGACUGUGAUGAGCGGACCGAAUUGCAGGAGCCCCAUCCCAGCCCGGGCUGCCCCCGCGCCAACGGCUACUACCGCCACUCGGACCCCCUUGCCUGUGACAAAUUCUUCAACUGUGUCAACGGGGUCCCCCAUGAGCUCCCGUGCCCCCCUGGACUCAUUUACGACGACACUGCCAGUACCUGCGCCUGGCCUGAUGAUAGCCAUCGAAAAGACUGCAAAAAUGCGAAACGAGAUAAAUUGGACGAUGGAUUCACUUGCCCUGACGAGGAGAUUUUGGGACCCGGAGGUCGAAAAUUGCCACACCCUACUUUUGCCCAUCCUGAAGAUUGUGGCAAGUUUUAUAUUUGUAGGAAUGGGGUAAUGCCCCAGAAAGGACAGUGUGUUAAAGGGUUGGUUUACAAUGAAGAAACUUUCACCUGUGAUGAUCCGAAAAAUGUACCAGGAUGUGAGGAUUAUUACGAAAAAGCCGAAAAAUCAAAGACUAAGAAAGCAUAA